AUGGGCCAGGCUACGGAGCUUUUUGCCGCCGGAACCACCGAGACUACCGGCAUUCAAGGACUCGUCCGGACAGUGCUCGCCGUAUUGGCGACGAGGUGCCUGGAACUAGGAUGGUUUCCCGACCGGUUCAAAAAGGCAAAGACCAUAGUACUACCGAAGCCAGGGAAGGCGCCGCCAGUGUAUCAGACCCCGGGAGGGUACAGGCCCAUUGCGCUACUGCCAACCCUAGGGAAGGUAGUAGAGUCAGUGGUCGCGAGGAAGGUCACUCAAGCUGCUGAAGUCAACGGCCUUCUACCAGACGAACAAAUGGGGAACAGGGCACACCGCUCCACGGAGAUGGCUGUUCGGCUAGUAGUAGCCCAGGUCCAGGAGGCAUGGAGACAGAAGGGCGCGGCAUCCCUAUUGCAACUGGACAUUUCAGGAGCCUUCGACACGGUUAACCACACCCGACUGCUAGCAACUUUGCGAGAAAUGGGCUACCCGAGGUGGCUAGUCCUCUGGGCGAGAGACUGGUUGACGGGCCGAGAGGCCACCCUCCUCUUUGACGGCAAGACGGCGGCACCGACGGCAGUUCGGGCAGGGGUCCCCCAAGGCUCGCCCCUGUCCCCUGUCCUCUUCAUUCUCUAUAUUUCCUCAUUAUACAAGCAGCUAAAAGACGAGCACCCUCACUUGUCUAUAGCGGGGUUUGCGGAUGACACCAACCUCCUGGUAUUUGGUCGAAACCCCGAAGCGAAUGUCCGGCAACUAGAGGCGGCGUGGGGAACGUGUAUACGAUGGGCGGACAGUCGGGGGAUGAAGUUCGCACCGGAAAAGAGCGAACUGAUCCAUUUCAACAAGGGGCGACGGCAGUGGUCAAACCAGCUGGAACUCACCAGCCCAGGGAAAGGCACCAGCCCCGUCAGACCGAAGGAGUCUGCCAGGUUCCUGGGAGUCUGGCUGGACCGGAAGCUCAACUGGAAAGCCCACCUUGCAGCGGUGGAGAGGAAGCUGAGGACCCAGAGCUAUGCCCUGUCGAGGCUAGCGGCGUCGACGUGGGGACUGGGGCUAGCCAAAGCGCGAGAAGUGUACACAAAGUGCAUCCGGUCAGCGCUGGCCUAUGGCGCAUCGUCGUUCCACAUCCCCACGGAUGUGGGAGGCGAGCCGGUAAAGAAAGGCAUCACCAAGGCCCUCGGGAAGGCCCAGAACAAAAGCUUGCGGAUUGUAGCGGGAGCCUUCAAGCACACUCUCCAUCCGCAACCUCGAGACGGAGAGAGUGGGUGCCGCCGUUGGACCUUAUAUCACAACAAACGGCUUGCAGAAUCUCGAAAACCGACUCCGACGACCCGAUCUGGACGGACGGUCAAGGCGGCAAGAAGACGGGCGGCGAGCGUUGUCCUCACCGCCUGCCGCAAGAUACAGCAGAGACUUAGCUCAAGGAGGGGCAACAGGGGCCGACCGCGAACCUUGGGACCUCAAGGGCCUACGGCGGUGGAGAGAGCCGCGGGCACGGUCAUGCGCUGGACGGGGGGAAUCGUUGAUACGAACAAGGUAGUAGAAGAGGCCUGGAGGGCGAGGUGGCUAAAGGAACGGGACGGCAGAGCGAUCGCCAGACCGGCGGACGACUUCGACCAUCAGCGGGAGACGCUAUUCCGGAACGAAACCCAAAGGAGGCACGACGGUCUCAGCAAGGCGAAGAGCUCACUGCUGGUUCAAAUCCGGACGGGAGCAAUAGGCUUACGGGACUUCUUGUUUACACGGGGAGUCCCGGAGGUUCUGACUCCUACCUGCGAGUGUGGCGAGGGACGAGAGACUGCCGAACACCUGGUAGUGUGGUGUUUGGCCCCACCGUUGACUCGAAGAUGGGAGAGAACUGGAAUUCGGACACGACGGGACUUUUACUUUGUGCUAUACGGCAUCAAUCCCACGACUGCACGGCUCGCGAGGAGAGUCCUCGACUGGCUGAUUGUGACGGCAGCUGCCGUCGGAGUGCACUGUGGCUCCACUUGGUUGGGCACGUGA